GGACAUUUAGUUUAAACCCCCUUUCCAUUACCGCCUUGACCAAAUCCUGUCCUUGCCGCUUGUCCAUUUUCAAUAGACUCUUGUAGAGAGUGAAAAGCUGUUCGAGACGGUGAUGUCCCAAUUCUAAUUCAUACGGAAGUCACCUAACAUUAUUUCAUUUGCGAUAUCUAACAUGGAUCAAGUUGCCUACCUGGGGUUGUGGACUAACUGGUCCCGUGGGUCAGUGCUAGGGCUUACCUUCACAACAACUAGGGAACGCGGGAAUCUCCUGAUCGCCUUCACGGCCUUCUUUAUCUCCUUUAUCGCCACCCGUGUGUGGAAGAUAGUUUGCCUGAUUCUACAUCGGUCUUAUUCAACCUCGAACCCAUCUGAUGCUGUCCAUCAUCAACAACAAGUUAUCCUACGCAAUUCUUCGUCCCCAGAAUCUGGCCUGUUGUCUUUGAUACGUCUUUCCAAUGCGUAUAAAUCCUCACUCAAAGGCAGGCUUCUUCGGCAACUCACACCAAUUCUACUAGCUAUACUGGUAUUAGUAGGCUUUAGCAUUGCGGGAGGGUUCUCUUCAAGUAUUUCUUCGUCUGUGCGAGACGAGGUCUUGACAAAAAGUACCAAUUGUGGUAUCGUCGGCCCUUCUACGACCAGUGUCACUGAUUUAGCCAUUUGGACAGCCCAUGGAUCGAAACUAUUGAACGAUGCGAUACAAUAUGCCCAAAACUGCUAUACAGAAGCAAGUGCUGGAAAGCCUGAGUGCCAGAAGUACGUUGUGAACAAGAUACCAACGAAUAUGACCGAUACGUCUGCCCCGUGCCCAUUCGAUGAGAAGAUGUGUCGGACCACAGAAAACAUACGACUUGACACUGGAUACAUCAAUAGCCACCAUUUGAUCGGCCUAGAUGCUCCCAAGAGCGAAAGAUUUGCCUGGAGAUAUGUUCUUCAGUGUGCUCCCCUCAGAACAGAUGGCUACACCUCGAAAGUUACGAUCGGCAACAAAACUGAGGUGAGAUACCAUUACGGCGCCACUUCGUAUGGCCAAUAUGGAAGCCCUACUGAAGACCCAGUCACGUUUUCGGUUGGUGAUAUCAAUGAGCAAUAUCCCAAAGACAAAGGAAAGAAUCAAGAAAGUAAGCAGUACACUAUUAUUGGAAAGACGUAUAAGGACUUAGGUGGAAAGCCGGCUGGAGGCUCGCGGCUGCAACCAAUACCUGAGCUCUUACGAUCUGACGGAGAUAUUAUUGUCAUCUUCUUAGUAGGCAACGGGGUCGUACUCUUCGAACCCACGGACGAUGAGUGGUAUAGGGCAACAGAAACGGACGGGACGCUGGGAAACCCUGAUGUCCCCGGGAGCGCUCCCGCUUAUCGUCCAAACGAGCCAGCAUCCCCAAUGGGCUGCGUAGAGCAGUGGCAGUGGUGUAACUUAGCCCUCCCGGAAGGCGAAGACUGCGGACCGUUAUCCAGCAUAGCAAAUGCGCUUAACGGCGCGGCGCCUUUCUUUAACUUAACAAUCCAGGACCUCGAAGCAGAGCGACCGAUAUCCUCAACCGCUGUCGGAACUCGCCUGCUAUGGCCGAUGCAAACGUUAUUGUCGAUAUCACCAGAUAUUGAGACGUUGUUUGCUAUUCUCGGGCCCAGGGCAUUAGCCUCGAGUGAUCGCUUCCUCAGCGGCAUUCAAUGGCCCAUCUCCAAGAACCAAUGGCAAGAAGACGUAACUUACUGGUUCAGCGUCAUGCUUUCGCAGUUCCAAUCAGCUUUUGUCGAAACUGCGUCUAGCAAUACGGACCCUCAGCUGGACCACCUUCGCCUAAAGCCACGGAAUGAAGAAGAGGAGAAGAUGUGUCACCGUCAGAAGAUACGGACUACAUCUUACACUUCUUUCAACGUCUUCGGGCUAUACUUCACAUACAUAACCGGCGCCGUCAUAGCGGCUAUCUCCUAUUCUCUUGAGUCGAUAUUCCAAUGCCUCCACAGGCGCCGGAAGUAUCACCAAUACGCCCAUCUAGAAUGGGUGACGAACGAGCAACUUCAAUUACAUCGCCUUGCGCACGAGCCGAAUGGCGAUAGUACCUGGCACGGAUGUGCCGAGGAGGUCCCUACGACCGACCCAGGGGUACAACUACCCCCACUCGAUAUCUCCGACCCAGAGCAUCCCGUCUUCUAUGGCAUGAGAGAGAAGCAGCCGGUCCCUGUACUUACCACGACAGAAGUCGGGAGUAGCGAUGAUGAUGCCGACAGCAAUUCGUUGAACCCCGAACAAGUCCUCGCUGAAACGACGCACGAGAAUAAUGCAACGAGCCCUGAAGAACAAGUUGACCGUUCCAGUACCGAGACCCAGGCCAGUGGUGGGUUAGGUCUGCCAGCUGGUCCCAGCUCAGGUAUUGCCACCAACCACUCACAGCAUUUACGGCCAUCUAGUACCUUUUAACUGCACAAGUUUACAUGUGAAUUUAGCAAGGGGUCGUUUUUGUAAACUAUUCUCGGCCAGGGGGUUAGACAUGAUUAAUAAUUCCCGAGGGUCGCAUGUUCUUUUGAAAACGAAAACAAACGAAUUAGGUUGAUUGUUGGAAUAUUGUUCCUAGCAAGAUUAUAUUUCUAGUGUUUCUCUCUUUAUAGCUGUCAGUAAUACCCGAAGUAAUUUCUCUUCUGUAGCAUCCUUUUUCCCUUGUGUGGCAUUGCCAGGGCUACUUCGGUUGUCCGCCGCCAUUCUACCCCUCAAACCGUGGCAACAAGAGAACCUGUUAGUAUGGUAUUCGGAACUGAGUCUUGGAUUCUCUUAUUAGUCUUGUGAUAUUAUCGGAUCUCCUCCCAUCUUCACAUGCAACUACCAAAAAACCUAACGUCCGUAAGG